CUUUGUUCUUUCUUCAUCCUGCGUGAGAUUUGUGCAUGAUGGCGUCGUGGAGGCCUAUGGGCAUUGUCGUUUCGGCUCUGAUUAUCUUCUCGAGCAUCGCUUAUCUGCUGCUUUCUUUGACCUUCAUUCAUCCGAUCAGACAUCAGCAUACAACUGCCGCCUCAUCUAGCCACUUCCGAGCUCCAGCGAUAAAUCCGUUUGCUGAACUCGAUGGUGCUGAGGCAUCUCAGAUAUAUACGUUUCUCCAUCAAACUCCUAAUUCACUAAACCUGAGCACGGACACCAGGGGUGGAAACCAAAUCUACCUUAUCGAGCUACUCCGACCUAACAAGACUGAUGCCGUGGAGUACCUCGAGAGUCACAAGGCUCGACCUGAUCGCUGGGCUCGAGUGUCAAGUCUCGAAAUCCAUGACGACGAUGCUUUCAUCGUCGACUACAUGGUUGGACCUUUACCACCAUCUAACGACACCCAAAUCCUACCACUAGAAUACAACCACAACUCUGGGCGAAACUAUGUGCAAAGCCCUGUCUCCGAUGUCUUCGCGAUGCUAGAUUGGGCACUCAGCAUCGGUGAGAAUGCAUCCGAUAUUACGCAAGAAUUGCUGGGAGCCACAACCAACCGUGACGACUUGGAUGAUCCCGAUGUCCUUGUCAUUGGAUGUCGUCCUUCUUUCCUUCAUGCCGGCCGCACAGUGCAAUGGUUAGAGUUCUUCGGAUCAGGUAUGGACUCAGACAGCCGCAGCAUCCUUCCACAAGGCCUGUAUGUCAAGCUUGACAUCCCCGGUGCCAACCCGGCGACAUGGACCACAGGUCAAUGGUUCUAUAAUGGGAUCCUGUACGACAACGAAACCGCAUUACGCGAAGCAAUCAAAUCCCCGGACUUCGUCAAGCUGGAACUCAACCAAGAUGGCUCCUGGAGCGAUACCGAGGAUUUUGAGACCUCCUUCCCAGAACGAGACAUGCCUCCCCCACUAUCCAUCCAACCAUACGGUCCACGCUAUCACCUCGACCGCAAGGAAGGCUUCAUCUCUUGGAUGGGCUUCUCAUUCUAUCUGGCAACCGCCCAAGCCACGGCUCUCUCGCUGUUCGACAUCCGCUAUAAUAACACGCGAAUGAUCUACGAACUCGGCCUACAGGAGGCCCUCGCACACUACGCGGGUGUCGAACCUCUCCAAUCCGGUCUCGAGUUCCUGGACACGUUCUUCGGUAUGGGCAGUAUGAUGUUUAGUCUCGUUCCCGGCGUCGACUGCCCCGGCCACGCCGAAUACCUUGACAUGUCGUACCACAAGGGCGGCAAGAUGUACACGAACAGGAACGCCAUCUGCAUAUUCGAAUAUACCUCCGACGCGCCGCUGCAAAGACAUACCUCGACGUUCAGCGCGACCGUCAGCAGGAACACAUACCUCGUCGUGCGAAGUGUCAGCACGGUAGGCAAUUAUGACUAUACGAUCGACUACAUAUUCUACCUCGACGGAUCAAUCGAAGUCAAGCUACGCGCAAGCGGGUACAUCUUUGGCGCCUUCCACGCCGAACCUCGCGGUCACCCCGAGCCACACGACGGGCAUACCAACGAAUACGGGUACCGCAUCCACGAUGCCCUCCACACAUCGAUGCACGACCACGUCGUCAACUUCAAGGCCGACAUGGACAUCUGCGGGACCAGUAACACUCUGGUCCGCACGUCGAUCGAACCCCUUCAGCGGACCUAUGACUGGGAUAAGCCGGAAGUCUCUGGCGUUCGGAACACAAUGCACAUGGUCCACAAGUCAGUCACGCACGAGACGGGGCUCAAUUGGCCAUCCAAUUCGCACGACAUGUACCUCGUCACCGCGCCGGGGUCUGUCAACAAAUGGGGCGAAACCCGUGCGUACCGCAUCCAGCCGGGGACAGGCAUGGGCAAUCCCGCGCACUUGACGAUCCUCAACUCGACGACGCUGGGCCGCUCCGCUCUCUGGUCCGCAAAUGAUUUGUGGGUGCUCAAGAACCAUCCCGACAACGAACCCGCAUCGGCUCACCACCUUAACUACCUCGCGCCGCUGGAGCCGUUGGUCGAUUUCGAGGCCAUGGUCGACGGCGAGGAGAUCGAGGAAGAGGAUCUAGUUGUUUAUUUCAACCUGGGCUCCCACCACGUCCCGAGUAGCCAGGAUAUACCGAACACGUUGAUGCACACGAGCGCUAGUUCGGUCAUGUUCGUGCCAUUCAAUUACUUCGACUAUGACGUGAGCAGGGCGAUGAGACAGGGUGUGAGGAUUGAUCGGAGGCGCGAGGCCGGGAAAUCUAUGUCAAAGAACGAUGGAUCUGAUAAGGAAGAGGUCAGAAAGUCAAGGGUGGCGAGAGCAGAGAAUGAGAACAAGGACGAUGAGGGGGUCAAGUACUUUGGCGCCAGGUACGAGGGACCUGUCACUGUGUCGGAGAAGAUGCUCUCGCCGGAUUUGAGUCACUAUAUGAAAGAGCGACUUGAUGGGCAGUGGAAGGCGGUUAGGAAUAGUGUCGGUGGUGGGCUGCCUGGGUUGUUCGUUGGGAAGGAGAGGGCCGAGGACGAUGGCGGGAGACGGUUGGACUGGUAGAGAUGCGCGUGCUUGGUCUAGCAAGUUCAGAUUCUGGAGAUUGAGGAGUGUGACACGACACAUCCGCCGGGGCUUGGUCGAUAACGAAGCAGAAGGUGCGCGGAAAGAAUGGUGACGAAGAUAUGAUCCAUGACGCACGAUACAUGAUAGAAAUCUGAGGGUUGAAAUUGAAGUCAGACCAUCCCUUCGAACAAUGCCUAACUCCUUUCCGUUUC